AUGGGCACCUUCUCCGCGUAUCCCGUUUUGACCGCCACCGUUCUUCUUCUGGGCCUCGUGUUCCCCUUGUUGACCUCGAGCGAAGGUGGCUUCACCCAUGACUGCGCCUAUGCAGGCGCCAACCUGACCGACAAACAUCACUGGAUUGGUGUCUAUUGUCUCAACGACGAUGUUGAUAUUUACGGAUUCAAUUACAGCAUGCUGGACUUGGAUCAUUGCGCGGGAAACAAUGCUGGACAGCUUGUAGUAUAUGAGAAUGGGAACUACUCCGGAUCAUGCGAGAACUGUACCUUUAUUCAUGACAAGUCGCUGUAUUUGAGUUGUUUGUGCUGGGAUAUGAACGGCGGGCACACUAACUCAACGCUCGACUUGAACACCACACUCUAUGACUCGAAUGGGGCUGUUGGCUGUUACAGUUUCCUCGGGAACAAGACAUGGGAGCCGGCGCCGGAUUCUUGA